AUGAUUUGCGAGGUGAAAGAAGAAGAAGAAGAAGAAGAAGAAGAAGAAAGAAAGUCGGAGUGUUGUUCUGUAAUGGGAAAUGUGUGUGAUACAGGAAUUCGAGUUUGGGACUGGGUUAAGUUCAUUUGGGAUCUAAAACAUAAAGGAGCUUGUGUUGAUGAUAUAUUCCUAUACGCUUCUAUUGUAGUAGAUACUAUUUGGAGAGUGCGCAACGAGAAGGUUCAUAAUAAUUACCCUGUUGAUGUUAACAAAUGCAUUGCUAAUAUUUGUAAUUCUUAUACAGAUAUGUAUGAUUCCUUGGUCCAUAGCCCUCCCCCAGCUUUAAAGGAAACUUGGUCCCCUCCUCCUAAGGAUUGGAUUAAGCUGAAUUGUGAUGUCAAGGUGGGUUUGGACAGCAUGUGCAUAGCGGUUGUGGCAAGGGACCAUUUUAGCAGAGUAAUUAGAGUUCAUACUGCUCGAGAGAAUUUCUCGGACGCUUUGUGUGGUGAAGCGGCGGCCUGCUCUUUGGCGGUGUCAGUUGCUCGGGAUCUUGGCUACAAGUAUGUAAUAGUGGAGAGUGACUCGAGUGUGGUUAUCAACGCCAUCAAUGGGAAAGAGUCUCGUUGGGCAAUUGAUAAUUACAUCUCCUUUUGUUCUAAGUCAUCCCACUCUUUUAGUAGUUGUUGUUUUUCCUUUAUUAGUAGAUCUUGUAAUUUUGCCGCUCAUAAUGUGGCUAGGUGGGCUUUCUCCCAUCAGACCUUUGGGCCUCUUCCGGUUGACUCUGUCCCGGAAACCCUGUUUUGUAAUGACCGCGAGGUCUAA